GCAAGUAUGGAUGACGCUAGCUACACAACGAUACCAUCACUCCCAUUCGACACCAUUUCCUCAAUCCGCUACUCACCUACCGACCCAAAUCAACUCCUCGUUUCUUCAUGGGACACGACUGUCCGCUUUUACCAAGUUGGAGAGAGGGGUGUUAAGGAGAGCGAAGCUAAAGCAAAGUUCGAUCACCGUGCACCAGUAUUGGCUUGCUGUUUCUCGGACGCUACGCAUGGCUACAGUGGAGGCCUAGACACCUCUGUUAGAGAACUCGAUCUCUCCACAGAAAGAAUGACCAACCUCGGGACUCACAACGACAGUAUCUCCUCUAUGUCUUUCUCUCAAGCAAACAAUCUUCUUAUCACUGGCUCUUGGGACCGCACCAUCCGAUUCUGGGAUCCCCGAGCCCAAACGCACCAACAAAGCUCGCAUGAAACUCCAGAGCGCGUUUACACCCUUGACCUCGUGAACCACACCCUCGUCGUUGCGAUGGCCAGCCGCCUUUUCCACAUCUACGAUAUCAGGAAGAUGGACAUUCCCGCGCAGCAGAGGGAGAGCAGUUUGAAGUACAUGACACGGUCGUUGGCAUGUAUGCCUGACGGUCAAGGUUAUGCGACAGCGUCGGUAGAGGGCCGGAUAGCCGUAGAAUAUUUCGACCCUUCACCCGCCGCCCAAGAAAAAAGAUACGCGUUCAAAUGCCACAGACAGACAAUCAACGACGUAGACCACGUAUGGCCCGUCAACGCGCUCGCCUUCCACCCAACGUACAAUACCUUUGCCUCUGCAGGCUCUGACGGGACAGUAUCUAUCUGGGACCAUAAAGUCAAGAAACGCCUUCGCCAAUACCCUAAAUUUCCCAACCCCGUCUCGGCGAUAGCGUUCAACUGUGAUGGGACGAAGAUUGCUGUUGGGGCGAGCUAUACCUGGGACGAGGGCGAGGAGGGGUUGAAGCACGUCAAAACGCCGUGGAUGGGAGUGAGACGCCUGGGAGACGAGGUCAAGCCGAAAGGGUGGGCUGGGAACUGAUCUCUCAUAUAUGUAUUAUUUUCACAUAUCUUUUCGAGUCAAGGUCGUAAUGCCACACACGGUACUUUCCGUCUG